AUGACAACGAUGACCGCGUUUGACGAAGGGCUUCUGAUAAUUGGUUUAUGCCUCUACUUGAAUCCGGAAACAAAAAACAGUUUAUAUCAGAUAUUUGUUAAUCAUAAAUGUCCGGAACUCCGGUACAAUGCUGAACCACUGGCUGAACAGAUAGAGGAGGAUACAUUUGAAAAAAUAAUGACUGAAUUGAACAUUGAUAUCAAGAAAUUAAAGAUGAAGGAGAGCGAUAUAGAUAAUGAGGUCCAAACGACUCUUAUUAAUGGAGCGAAUUCGCUUGUUGAUAUCGACCUGAAUUUGGAUUCUUUGGAAAAACAAAAGAAGAAGAAGAAAAAGAAAAAGAAAAACAAAGAGACAGAGUCGAAAAUUACGGCAAAGAAGCAAGGUACUCCACCGGAGUUUUCUGAUAAGAGUAGUGGAGACUUUGGGGAUACUGGAGAAAAGGACUCAAAGAUUCUUGCGAAAGAGUGCAGAAAACUAACAUUGCCACUAUUUCUUCCAGUGAACCAAUUGAUAUUAGAAAAGAUGGAGGAGCAUGAGAUAACAGAUGAAAUGAGACAAGAAGACAAGAGUGUUUCCAACACGAGCAAGCAAGAUGUAACUGAGGGGAAGGAGAUCAAAGAGAAAGCAUCGAGACUGGAAGAAAUCGACAAGAGUAGCCAAGGGCCAUUAAUUUUGAACAACGGUGGGAACAAUAAAGAUAAUGAUGAAAAGAGAAAUAAUGAUAAUAAUAAUAAGAAGAAGAAGAAGAAGAAAAAGAAGAAGAAGGAAGAGGAGGAGGAGGAGGAGGAGGAGGAGGAGGAGGAGGAAAAGAUGAUGAUGAAUAGUAAAACCAAUGAUGGCGAUGACGAAAAUGAGGAGGAUGAAGAAAUAGAAGAUACUGACAACGAAAACAAAGAGAACAGUUUAAGUUCUCAAAACAUUUUCAAUGCGUUAUAUUCAAAGAAUCUAGCUUCAACAACUUCAGCACCUAUCAAUGCUAAGUCCUCAUUAUCGGUAAAGACAGAUUCUUCAUCUUCAUCUCUCGAUAGAGGUACUGCGCAAAAUAACGAAGACAACGGCGUUGGAAAUAGCGAUGAAGAUGAAUAUUCUAAAUUUGUUUACGAUGAAAUGGAUCUUGACCCCAAUUUCAUAUACUUGGUUGAACAUUUAGCCGAUUGCUUUCCUACGUUUUCGAAAACAGAUUUGAAAAUUAGGCUCAAGUUGACAAAUAGUGUAGAGGAGUUGAUUGAAGAGUUGUUUAUUGAAACCGAGCUGCAUGAAAUCCAAGAGCAAGAAGAAUUUCUCGCCCAACAACAGCUAGAGCAGCAACAAAAACAGCAGCAUCAGCAACAGCAACAGCAGCAACAAAUCAGCAGUUCCAAGUAUGGCGAAGAAGCACUAAAAUUACACGAGAUAUUUCCUCAAAUAAGCUUGCCAAUUAUAGCUAAACGGUUGCAAAAGAAUAAUGGCGAUGCUGAAAUGACAACGAUGAGUCUUUUGGAUGAGCCAGUUGAAGCAGAGUUUACCACCAAACAGUCCCAGAACAAACAAAAUACAGCUAAUGAAUGGUUUCAAAUCUCGACGAUGGUUAAUAGGGUGAAAUCCUUUUUAGAUAUGAAGAAUGAUAGCCUCGGAGGUCACCAGGGCGGUGAAAAUGCAAACAAGUACUUUCUUGAAGAUGAAGAGAUUACUCAUUAUGCACGUAAAAGUAACGGCAACUAUUUCGAUGCACUCACAGGAAUCAUCAUGAAUUGCCGUCCAAAAAUUCGCAAGGAAGUGAUUGUAGCGACAACGAAGAAGAAAGUAGGUGGUAGAGUUCAGCGAGGAGGGUCACGCCUGGCUGCAAAUCGUGGUAGAACAACUACAGAAAUUAGAGUCGUUAGCACAGAUUACAAGUACAACCCCAAUGCAACAGAAAGCAAAGAACUAUGGCAAUUCUACCAUUCAAAUCCAGAUAUGCAAAUGUUGGACAAGACUUUUCUCAUUAAUGCUUUAGAGUUUUUCAGAGGCAACUGCGAUCAAGUUCUAAGCUUGGCGUUUGAGUUGGCACAAGAAAAAGGUCCAAGCCUAAGCCCAUCGUGGAGUACUGGAAUUAACAAUGGGUUAUCGUCAAAGGGUUUAAAGACUGCGCCGAUAAAGUUUGCUCCAAAGCAAACUACUGAUUCGUACUUGAUAUUGGCACAAAAAUUCAAAACUUAUACAGCCAAGCGAAAAGCUAGCGUACCUCUUUUUUCAUCGUCUUCUUCUUCUUCUGCUUCUUCAACCAGUGCUUCAACAAUAAUUAAACCUUCGGGACAGAUUGAGCGGUUAAACACGUAUAUUGGAACGGGGCGUUUGGACUUGCACAACUUCAAAUUGGUUGAUGCUAUUCAAACAACCAAACUUGUAUUGUCUCAUUGGUGGGACCAGGAGAAGAAACAACGAGAGGAACAAGGUCAAUUACAAAAGUUUGGAAACUUGGCGCAGUUUGUUCAUGAUAUUGAGAUUAUAACUGGACGUGGUCUCCACUCAGUAGGCGGGGUCAGUUUGAUUAGAAAGUAUGUUAAAGAAUACUUGGUAAGAGAGCGUUUUGUUUUUGACGAACAAGUGGGUAAGUUUGAUGUUAAGGGUAAGCGGAAAUAA